GUGUGAGCCACUGUGCCCAGCCCAAAUAUUAAUUUUUAAUAAAAGGGCCUACUCUUAUUUCUUCAUUAUUGGCUGCUGAGAGCAAUGCUUCAAAGCCUGAGACCUUUUUUCUUAAGCAGAAAUGUAGUUGGCUCCUCUCUGCCUGCAGGUGGUGGUUUUCUUUCCCUUUCAAGAAGUGAACCUGUGAGAUUCCAUUUUGUCUCCAGUGGUAGACAGGGCUUGGGGCAUUUCAGUCUUUGGGGAUGAACUCAGUUGUGAAGAACUGAAAAGACAAGACUCCCAGGCAUGGCAUGUUCCCUCUUGCAGGUGGGGCAGGGUCAGGCAGGGUGUGGAGAGCAGUGAGUGGCUGGAGAGGCACCCACGGGGUGCCCCGUACACACCGGGUACCAAGCUGGGAGCUAGGUUCUCUGCAAGCAGGCUCUGUGGCAGGGCCUGGGGAUCUCAUGGAGUUUCAAAUCUGGUGGAGGUCUGCCUCUUUCUUUAAUGCUGGCAAAAUCUUUUUGUGUACAUCUGUAUGCUUAUCUGUGCCUUGGAGCUCUGGGUAAGUUAUAUAGCCUUUUGGCCUCAGUUACCUCAUCUGCAAAAUGGGGAUAAUGACAAUUUUCCUCAAUUGGGUGGUUUUAAGGAUUGAAUGAGAUAUUUAAAGUACCUAGUACAGGCCUACAGCAUAGCAGAGCUGAGAAGGUGGUAGUUGUAAUGAUGAGAAGUGUUGUGAAUCUUCUGAGAGCAUGGAUGGUGGAGUGGGCCUUUGGUGAAAAGAAGGGUGUUGAGAUAUUCCUUCUGGGUAACAGGUAGUUGACGGCCUGGUUUUUUUUAUGGUGAUUAACUCAGUGUCUCAGAUGGGCCCCUGUACUCAUUUGGCUGGUUGCCACCUCUUCAUUGAGGUGUUUGCUGCUGGCCCCUAUAGAAUACGUGCCCUUCCCACCCUCUGUGGCCUGUGCCCUCCUCUUGGGGUUCUUGAAAGAUUCGUCCCAGCUGCUUUGGCAGGGCCGUGCUUUUCUGGUGCAUUGCGAGGCUGGCCAGCAGCCCCUGCAGUUUAGUUCACACCCAUCCACCUUUCUCUGGCUAGUGAAGCAGAGGAGGUCGUGAAUUCUGUCCUUUUCAAGGCCCUAGUUGGGACUUGGGUCUCCUAGACAAUUUUGUGUCUUCCCUGGGGGCAAGACCUGUCAAGAACAUCUAUUUGAGAUUCUGUAAUGUGGUGCUGUCUGGGAUACAGCCAGUGUUUAUGGGGGUGGCGGUGAUGGACUAUUUGACAUUGGGACUUUGGGGACAUUCAGGAUAAUGGUUGCUGUGGCUGGACACCCUUUAUGUCUGCCUCCUUCUUUAUGGCUGAUGUCUUCUCCAUGAGUCCUCAUAUUCUCCCAUCCUCAGUUUUGUGGGGUGGAGGUGAUUUUCCUAAAGUAGAGCCUCAUUGCUUCCGGAACCCACAGUCUCACAAGGAUGCUGCUGUUCCUCCAGCCAGUGUUUACCGCCCUUCUAAGGGCAUGGGCCCUGGUGGUGGUGGGUGGUGGUGAGGGGCAGGAGUUGUGUUUUAUUUACAGCUGCAUCCCCAGGGAUCCCCCCAGUAAGCAAGCCAGUGUCAAGCAAGCAUGAAUGAAUGAAGUGCCAAAGGAAAGCCCCUCACAAUGAGACAGGGUGCAACUGUGACCCCCACCCCUCGCACAGGAACAGGGUAGUUGUAUCUGAUAUUCUUUAGCUGCCUGACUCCUCGUUCUUGGCAUGUGUUUGCGUGUUGGGCUGCACAGCUGUCAGUUGGAUUGUAUCACGUGGAGCCAUAUGAGCCCCCUGUGCUUCGUUCUCCCUCGUGUAGUAGUGGUGCUGCAUUUAGGGUGUAGCUGGCUGAGGUUAGGUUAGGCUCUGACCGGGACCAGGAAUAUUUUUCUCCACACAAAAGGUGCAGGUCCUGUGACUCCUGUUUAAGGAGAAUUGGAUCCAGCGAAAGCAAGCUUUCCUUCUGGGUACAUUCCAUUGAGUGACAAUCAGGAUUCUAACACAAUUCUGAUUCCAAAGAUUAUGUUCUUUCCAUAGCCUCUCACUGACUCUUGGAAUACCACGAUGCUCUAGUACCAGCAUUCCAUCUGCUCGAGGUCCUGUGGGACCCUCUUGGAGAACAGAAAGAGUGUGGAUUAGUGGUGGGCACCAAAAGUGAUGUUCUCCAUUCACUGCCAGCCUAUAGAGGAUCUGACCAUGGGGGAUGGAUGGGAAUCAGAAACUAGGGCAGAGAAGCUGGCCUCUGUUCCCAGAGCACCCAGUUACUACUGGACACGUUUAGAACGCUGUAGUUCGAGUCUCAAUGACCCAUUGGCGUUCUUCUCUCCUCCCUACUCCCCCUCCCUCCCCAUGGUCAAGUUCUGGUUACUUCAAAUCAGCAUUAGGCCUGGAACAGACUACAGCAAUGCAUGUUACUUUUCUAAAGCCUUAAAACUGGAAGAACUUGUUUGCCCUAGUGUUUUAGAUACAAAGCUACACCAGGAUUGCAUUGGCUGGGGACCCCAGCACUGCAGCCACUCCAAGGUCUGGGUUCUUUCCCGGUAGUGUGCUGGCAUUUGGUAUUGGAUUCCAUUCAGGAGUGCCUCUUUCUUUCAUGCAAGCAGAUACCUGAAGAAACCCAGGUCCCUCGCUUGGUAGUGGAUGAAGUUUAGACUUCAUUGUCAGGGGAGCUCUGGGGUGGAAUUUAGUGUGGUGGGGCCUAUACUUGCUCUUUAUUUUAGGUUUAGUAAGUUUUUGUCUGUAAAGGGAAUGAUAACUUUGGCUGGUUACUAAAAUUUGACUAUAGUAUGGGUUUAAUGAGAAAUGAGAGGGACAUACUUCCUCCUGAUUUUUGUUUUAUUUUUUUAAAAAUUCUGUACAUUCUGUUUCAUUUCUCUCCCUCUGGAGUUUUCUUUCUAAAAGUCACCAAACAAUAAAACCAUUUAGAAAAUAAACCUGGACCCUGGGGACUAUGCAGCAUUUUCUCUCCGUGCCGCCUGCCUUCCUUCCAUCUGGUGAAGUCUCUGUGAGUCUUCCAGGUGGCGGGAGGUGAAAUGAAGAAACUGAUGCCCAUAGAGGGGAUGUGAAUUGAUUGUGGUACACACUGGUUGAGGGCUUGAAUCAGGCCUGCACAGUGUAGGUUCCAGGCCAGUAUUUCUGCCUCUCCCCAGGGUGUUGGUGUUGCGUGUGGGAUAGUCUCUCUAGCAGUGCAUGACCUCGUCCUUGUAGUUUCCUUGGCUUACAUAAGAUGAGCCCUCACUACAGAAUUGCUUUGAGCAUGCAUUUUACAUGGUGUCAGGACAAUCUUGAAUGGAUUCCUUCCCCAUACAUUCAUCCAUCCAUCCACCUAUCCAUCCAUCUAUCCAUUUAUUCGUCCAUUCAUCCAAAAUCUUUCUUGAUCUGCCAUGCACAAAGCAAUGUGCCAGGCCCAGGAGGUUUGGGGGAUGAGAGAGACAAGAUCCCACUUGUGAAGAGUCUGUUCUUUAGAGUUGGAGGUGCAGAACCAGAACUGUAAUACCGAGGAGAAAAAAGUAAGCACUAUAUACGCACACAAGCAAAUGGAGUCACGGAAGCGGGGUGUUAAUUUUUGUUGAGAGAUGCAAAGAUGGCAUUGGACCUGAGUUUUGAGGGAUGAAUAGAAUUUUGGCACUGGCAAAGUUAUGGAGAGGUGCUUAGGAAAAUAAGGACCAAGGGCAUGUGAUGGCCACCCUCUGGAUUCCUUAUUAUCAUACUGCGCAGACACAGAGGUGAUUCCGUCCUGGGUUUAAAUGGUACUUGCCCUAUAAUGGUUUUGCAAAAUGCUCAGACCUGCUUCACUUUGGGGGUAGGGUUGGAGAUAGAAGGAAGGCAUUAGGAGAGGGCUGGUAUUUAUUGAAUGUUUUGUGUACAUUUAUCCAGUCCGCAUACAUCAUCUAACCAAGGGCACACAGCUAGCAAGUGCUGGAGCUGGGAUUUGAACUCAGUACUCUGACUUCAGGGCCCCUGCCCUUCCCAUCCUACUGCCUUAUCUAUCACCUUCUUCUUGUGAAUCACUGAUGCUAAAUGGUCAUUCCUGAAUAAUAAUAUAGGAUUCAGACUGCAAAGUGGAGUUGGGUUCUGACUGGUGGGAAUGCUUGUGAAAAUAUUUUGCUGUCUUAACUCACAUCACUCAGACUUUCUGCAAUGAGUGGAAGUAAUAUUCUGUUUUGUCCAUGCUUUCUGGAGGACCCUCCACAGUGCCACUCCUCUGUAAUGUUGGUCUUUGGCUGGUUUAUCAGAUGAUUGAUGUAUUUCUCUGAGAGCAGUUAUUUUCUGACCUAUGACCUGCCCAAACUAGCAAGUCAUACACUUUGCUUCAGUGGGUUAUUAAUGCAUUUCUGAUGGAGACAAGCUUCUGAGGGGGCACAAUUGGCUGGGUGUCCUUCUGUUUAAUGGAAUGGGGUUUUUAUUGGACAAACAAAUGCUGUCCGUGAAGCCUGAAAGAAACAAUGAGAAUGAGUGAGGUGAGGAGUGGUGGCUGAGUAGGAGGUGGCAUUUCCUGGGGCAAAGGCAUUGGGCAUUUUGGAUUGAGCAUUGGGCAUUUUGGAUCUAUUUUCUCAAAAGAUGUCUUGAGACAUAAGGGAUUUCGUCAGGCAGGUGAAAGCCAUUCAGGGAGUAGGGUGAGUGUUUGAAUCUUAAUCAAUAAUUGAUAGUAAUGAUGUAAUAUUGUCAUUCUAGACUACAUCCCGACAGUGCCAGUGUCCUGUCAUUUGACCCCUCUAACCAGGGGUAUGUAUAGAGAAUACUUUCUGGGGAAGUUGCCUGAGGCUGUUGGUUUUGUCUCACAAAUGAGAUGGGGUCCUCACGAGGUCCCAUCUCAGUUACACGUCUAAUUUCUUGUCUCCAUACUCCGAUGAUGCCCUCUGUCUCCUUCCUCUCCUUUCUUUCUCGCCCUUCUCUGUUCAGUGUAAUUUUAGUUUGUAAGUUUCUUCCAGGACUGCAGAUCAGUUAAUCUUAGAAUCCACUGCUCUGAGAGCAUCUUGCCUUUUAUCUCUGUUCUCUAUAUUGGGGUCUGUGAUUCUGCUGCUAAAAAAAGUUUGAAAACCAGAUGCCUAGAUCAUUUCUGCAGUGUUCCUUGUCUGCAAGGGUGGCCCAAGGGGGUUUGUGGGUGAGGGCCGCAGCGCCUGCUGCAGGGCAUGUGCAUGGGGGUGUACAGGGGCCUAGAUAGUGUAGGGGACUGAUGUACCUGUCCCUGUCCUGUUGUUGUUACUCUGCUUCUGAAGUCUGGAUCCUUCUAGUUCUUGGGGUACUCCCAGGCUGCUGAGGAAAACAGUUUUUGGGUUUCAUUGUCGAAACUAAUGAAUAAAUCCCAAGUUAUAUAUGUUCCUUCUUAUAAUACACACUGUGCAGACAAGAAUUCUCAGAGAGGUUGAGUAACUUGCCUGAGGGCACACAGCUACUAAGUGAAAAGUUCUGUAUUUGAAUCCAGAUCCUGAUUCCAGAGUUCACAAUCUUCACUACUAUCUGCAUCAGCCAUACUUUUACAGUAAAAGUAUUUUUACUAUAUUUACUUUUACAAUAAAAAAUAUUUAUUAUUCUCUAUCAUGUCCCCCUCUUGGGAAGGUGGGCUGGGUAAAUUUAGCACUGUGUAAAUUAGUGUAAUAUGCAUAUCUCACUUUUAUUUGCCUUCAAAGUACUACCAUUGGAGGAUUGGGCAUUCUGGAUUUCAAGUUGGCCGUGGUGGGAGGAAGCGUGGGGGCCCAGAUUCAGGGUUCUUGUUUCAGCCAGUCGGAGCAAAGGGAGAGAUCUGGGAGGCUUAUCUCUCAGCUCCUGAAGCUGGAUAGUGAAGUCACACAUCUGAGAGCUUCAGAGAGCAGAGGCCAUCAGUUUCCCUCCACUUUCCUCUAUAUCUUCUUUUUCUGACUCUGAUUUUCUACUGGAUUCUGAUGGAGCCCUUAGAGGGUGGCUCAGAAGAUGUGGAAUUCAGAAUGGAUCUGCUUGGAAGGUUGCAGGUGUGAAGGGGGACAGGGUCUGGGGAAGCCUAGAAUUGUGUGUGUGCACAUAUGCGCAUGUGCAUGACCAUUAACCAGAUAGCAGUUGCUCGUCCACUGAUUGCAGGAAUUGGAAUCACAGAUUGGUUGAACAGUGUGGUCAAUUCCCAGGUCUUGGUGAGCAUGAGGUAGUUUGAUGGUGUCUGUAUGGAGCUGUGAGUUAUGCAUUUGUUAAGGCCCUACUUCUCCUUGAGUUGUGGAUGGUAAUUGUAUUCCCCUUUUCCAGGGUGUCUCAUUCCUCUGCUUGAGGGGUGAUUAUGGACCUACUGUGAGGGCUUAGACAUGCUCAUGAAGCACUGGAAGGGAACCUUGGGAAAAAAAAAUCUAGGGACUAGGUUGCUGGAAGAAAAAUCCAGCUAGCUUGUGGGCCCCUCAACUGUCAGUUUCAUCCAGAAAACUGGGGAGAGUUUUUAUUAGCUAGUAGCUUCUCCCUUUGGUCUCUUCUCUGACCCGAUCACACUUACAAAGCCAAGUGUGGCAUCAGGGACUCAGAGUUUGUUGAGUCCCAGUGGGCAAAAAUCUCUCUGAUCUUGCUUGAAUGGGACCAAAGAGUGGCCACAGAGCCUUCCUUGCUGAAGCCUUCCUGCAGGCUCAAUGCUCUGUCCCCCUCCUGUUGCCAAACAUUUCCUGAGAACUGAAUGCUGCAGAGCCAGAGCUUAAGAAUGACAGCAGCCCCAGGUCACACCAACUAAUUUAGCCCUGCUCUACCCAUACCUUGGGUUGCUGUUCAUUCUUAGGUGUUGGGGGGUGGGUGGGGUAUCUGGGCUUCAGCCUUAGAGUCGUACAUUUAGAUGGGCCUUAGUGCUUCUUUCAGAGAGUCCACCCUCACUUUGUAGAGGGGAAGUUGGCUGUCACAAGGUCACACAGCCCCGUGUGGGCUGAGCCUGGUCACGGAACCAAGUCUUUGCAAAAGGCUCUUCUGAGGCACAACCCGGACUUCCCAGAAGGAUGCCGGCCCUGUCUACCCCACCUGUCCCGUUUUCCUGGGAACAAAUGCUGGUGUUGCAGCUGAGAACUUUAUGACUUCAUUUCAGAGAAUGCGGUUGGGUACAGUUCGCCUGGCCCUGGCUGUGGAGGAUGCUGAAGGAAGAAGACGCAGAAGCAGGACAACCCUGAAAGAUUGAGCCUCUUCAUCCUCAAACAGGACCAGGUCUCCUCUUCCCACCUGCCCAGCAGCAUGAAAGCAGCAUGACUGGCCGACCACAGGAGAAGCCCCCAGAACCAGGCCCCCAACUCAGCCAUCUGCUGCGGAGGUCAAGGUGUGAGCGACGUCUCCUCACCACAGUGCUGUGUGGUCCGUACCUCAGCCAGGGAGAGGAUGUAAAACCCCCUGCCCUGCACAUGAGUGGUACAGGCCAACAGGAACACCUGGCUCCAGCCACAUUCACAGACAUGUCAGCCGUGGAGUAGUGCCGACACUUUCUCUCAGCUUCUCAGGGUUUCAGUCCUUUUGGGUUUGUUUUAUUUACCUUUUUUUAUGGUUUUGUGGCUGGACGUUCACAACCAAGGCAGACGGCAUGGGUGAUCAGCAACUGUACAAGACCAACCAUGUGGCGCAUGGUAGUGAGAACCUUUUCUACCAACAGCCACCACUUGGUGUCCACAGCGGGCUGAACCACAACUAUGGGACUGCAGUAACAGGGGGCGGGAUGGAUGCCCCUCAGGCCUCGCCCAUCUCCCCCCAUUUCCCUCAAGAUACGCGGGAUGGUCUGGGCUUGCCUGUUGGCUCCAAAAACCUUGGCCAAAUGGAUACCUCGAGACAGGGAGGGUGGGGGAGUCAUGCAGGGCCUGGAAACCAUGUCCAGCUACGUGGUAACCUGGCCAACUCAAACAUGAUGUGGGGGGCACCAGCCCAGGCUGAGCCCACUGAUGGCUACCAGUACACCUACUCCCAGGCCAGCGAGAUCCGGACCCAGAAGCUUACCAGCGGUGUCUUGCACAAGCUGGACUCUUUCACCCAGGUGUUUGCCAACCAAAACCUGCGAAUUCAGGUCAACAAUAUGGCCCAGGUGCUGCACACCCAGUCAGCAGUGAUGGAUGGAGCCCCUGACAGUGCCCUCCGCCAGCUGCUGUCUCAGAAGCCCAUGGAGCCCCCAGCACCGGCUAUCCCUUCCCGCUACCAGCAGGUGCCCCAGCAGCCUCACCCUGGUUUCACUGGCGGGCUGUCCAAACCAGCUCUUCAGGUCGGGCAGCACCCCACCCAAGGGCACCUGUAUUAUGACUACCAGCAGCAACUGGCUCAGGUGCCAGCGCAGGGAGGACAGCCGCUGCAGGCCUCGCAGAUGCUGUCACAGCACAUGCAACAGAUGCAGCAGCACCAGUAUUACCCACCGCAGCAACAGCAGCAAGCUGGGCAACAGCGUAUCUCCAUGCAAGAAAUACAGACACAGCAGCAACAGAUUCGCCCAUCACAGCCGCAGCCGCAGCCGCAGCCGCAGCAGCUACAGCUGCCGCAGCGGCAGGGCUCGAUGCAGAUACCUCAGUAUUAUCAGCCCCAACCCAUGAUGCAGCACUUGCAAGAGCAGCAGCAGCAACAGAUGCACCUGCAGCCCCCUUCUUAUCACAGGGACCCUCACCAGUAUACCCCAGAGCAGGCACACACUGUCCAGCUGAUUCCUCUGGGCUCCAUGUCCCAGUACUACUACCAGGAGCCCCAGCAGCCCUACAGCCACCCCCUCUACCAGCAGAGCCACCUGCCCCAGCACCAGCAGCGUGAGGACAGUCAGCUGAAGACGUACUCUAGCGACAGACAGGCCCAGGCCAUGCUGAGCUCCCACGGGGACCUGGGGCCUCCUGACGCAGGAAUGGGAGACCCAGCAAGCUCGGAUCUGACCCGGGUCAGCAGCACCCUUCCCCAUCGGCCCCUCCUGUCCCCCAGUGGGAUCCACCUCAACAACAUGGGGCCUCAGCAUCAGCAGCUGUCUCCCAGUGCCAUGUGGCCCCAGAUGCACCUACCUGAUGGGAGAGCCCAGCCAGGUUCCCCUGAGUCGAGUGGCCAACCCAAAGGAGUGUUUGGGGAGCAGUUUGAUGCCAAGAACAAGCUGACGUGCUCCAUCUGCCUGAAGGAGUUCAAGAACCUGCCUGCCCUGAACGGCCACAUGCGGUCCCACGGGGGAAUGAGGGCCUCCCCCAACCUCAAACAGGAGGAAGGAGAGAAGGUCCUGCCGCCUCAGCCCCAGCCGCCACUGCCGCCUCCGCCUCCGCCUCCGCCGCCACCACAGCUCCCUCCCGAGGCAGAAAGCCUCACGCCUAUGGUCAUGCCUGUGUCUGUCCCUGUCAAGCUUCUCCCGCCCAAGCCCAGCUCUCAGGGGUUCACCAACAGCACCGUUGCCGCCCCCUCCGCCAGAGACAAGCCAGCCAGCUCGAUGUCGGACGACGAGAUGCCUGUGCUCGUGAGGAUGACCCUCUCUCCCCCACACUCACCCCAAGGGGCUGCCCCCCGCACGCCUGCUGAAAUCCCCAAGAAGCAGCAGCCCAGCGUGCCCAAAGCCGAGGAGCCCCUGAAGACCGUGCAGGAGAAGAAAAAGUUCCGGCACCGGCCGGAGCCCCUCUUCAUCCCGCCGCCGCCCUCCUACAACCCGAACCCCGCUGCCUCCUACUCGGGCGCCACCCUGUACCAGAGCCAGCUGCGCUCCCCGCGCGUCCUCGGAGACCACCUGCUCCUGGACCCCGCCCACGAGCUGCCCCCUUACACGCCCCCACCCAUGCUGAGCCCGGUGCGCCAGGGCUCGGGGCUCUUCAGCAAUGUCCUCAUCUCCGGCCACGGCCCUGGCGCCCACCCGCAGCUGCCCCUGACGCCCCUGACGCCCACACCGCGGGUGCUGCUGUGUCGCUCCAACAGCAUCGAUGGCAGCAAUGUGACGGUCACCCCAGGGCCUGGAGAGCAGACUGUGGAUGUUGAACCACGCAUCAACAUUGGCUUGAGAUUCCAAGCAGAAAUCCCCGAACUCCAAGAUAUCUCUGCCCUGGCCCAGGACACACACAAGGCCACACUGGUAUGGAAGCCCUGGCCAGAGCUAGAAAACCAUGACCUCCAGCAAAGAGUGGAGAAUCUUCUGAAUUUGUGCUGUUCAAGCGCGUUGCCAGGUGGAGGGACCAAUUCUGAAUUUGCUUUGCACUCUCUCUUUGAGGCCAAAGGUGAUGUGAUGGUUGCUCUGGAAAUGCUGCUGCUGCGGAAGCCGGUCAGGUUAAAAUGUCAUCCUUUAGCAAAUUACCACUAUGCUGGUUCGGACAAGUGGACCUCCCUAGAAAGAAAACUGUUUAACAAAGCACUAGCCACUUACAGCAAAGACUUUAUUUUUGUACAGAAGAUGGUGAAGUCCAAGACGGUGGCUCAGUGUGUGGAGUACUACUACACGUGGAAAAAGAUCAUGCGGCUGGGGCGGAAACACCGGACACGCCUGGCAGAAAUCAUCGACGACUGCGUGACAAGUGAAGAAGAAGAAGAGUUAGAGGAGGAGGAGGAGGACCUGGAAGAAGAUAGGAAAUCCACAAAAGAAGAAGAAAGUGAGGUGCCGAAGUCCCCGGAGCCGCCACCUGUCCCAGUCCUGGCUCCCACGGAGGGGCCGCCCCUGCAGGCCCUGGGCCAGCCCUCGGGCUCCUUCAUCUGUGAAAUGCCCAACUGUGGGGCUGACUGUAGAUGUCAUGUCACUCCAUUUCUUCCCCAGGUGUUCAGCUCCCGACAGGCACUGAAUGGCCAUGCCCGCAUCCACGGGGGCACCAACCAGGUGACCAAGGCCCGAGGUGCCAUCACUUCUGGGAAACAGAAGCCUGGAGGUGCCCAGAGUGGGUACUGUUCGGUGAAGAGCUCACCCUCUCACAGCACCACCAGCGGCGAGACAGACCCCACCACCAUCUUCCCCUGCAAGGAGUGUGGCAAAGUCUUCUUCAAGAUCAAAAGCCGAAAUGCGCACAUGAAAACUCACAGGCAGCAGGAGGAACAGCAGCGGCAAAAGGCUCAGAAGGCGGCUUUUGCAGCUGAGAUGGCAGCCACGAUCGAGAGGACUACGGGGCCCGUGGGGGCGCCGGGGCUGCUGCCCCUGGACCAGCUGAGUCUGAUCAAACCCAUCAAGGACGUGGACAUCCUCGAUGAUGACGUCGUCCAGCAGUUGGGAGGUGUCAUGGAAGAGGCCGAAGUCGUGGACACCGAUCUUCUCUUGAAUGAUCAAGAUUCAGUCUUGCUUCAGGGUGACGCAGAACUAUAAAGCCCUGUGUGGCACUUAGAGACAGUGAAAACCCACGGCCUCCGUCUUCAUUAAUCAGGAAACCUGGACUGCCUGCUUGUUUUGUAGCCCUUUUAAACUACCUGUUUUAAAAGUGGUCAUUUUAUUCAGGUUUAGAAAAAAAAAUCCCAUUUCUUUUCCUUUUAUUUAAAAAAAAAAUUGUUUUUGUGGGGGGUUGGGGGAAUAAAUAAUUGGCACAACUAUCUUUAA